CCACCACAUCUACUCCCAAGAAAACCAUGUCUUUCCAAGUCUUUGGCCUCGGCAACCCGCUGCUUGACCUGCAGACGAGGAAUGCAGAAUACCUCAAGAAAUACGACCUCAAGGCUGACGACGCCAUUCUCGCCGAAGAGAAGCACGAACCGCUCUAUGACGAAGUGGCUAAGGAGGGCGAUGUGCACUACACUGCCGGUGGAGCUGCCCAAAACACCUUGCGUGGUGCUCAGUACAUGCUUCCAGCCAAGUCUACGGUCUACGUGGGCGCUGCUGGCAAGGACAAGUUUGCAGACCAGCUUCGUGCAGCCAAUGACCGUGAGGGCCUUCGCACGGAGUACUAUGUAGACGAAACGACCCCGACCGGCACCUGUGCCGUCAUCUUGAGCGGCCACCACCGCUCUCUCUGCACACGUCUUGGUGCAGCCAACAAUUACAACCUCGAGCACCUGAAGUCUCCCGAAAUUUGGAAGCUUGUUGAGGGAGCCAAGUAUUACUACGUCGGUGGCUACCACCUGACAGUCUGUGUACCUGCCAUCAAGGCGCUUGGUGAGCACGCUGCCGAGCAAAACAAGCCCUUCCUCAUGAACUUGUCUGCUCCCUUCCUCGCUCAAUUCUUCAAGGACCAGAUGGACUCUGUUGCUGAGUACUGGGAUUACCUCAUUGGCAAUGAGAGUGAGGCUCUUGCAUACGCCGAAUCACACAGCUUGGAGACCAAGGACAUUGCUGAGAUUGCAAAACACAUUGCUGCUCUGCCCAAGAAGAACACUCAGCGUCAGCGUGUUGUGAUCAUCACACAAGGAGCUGACGCCACCAUCAUCGCCGAGGCCCAAGCUGGAGGAGGUGAAGUCAAGGUGCACACGAAAAACACGGAGAAGCUCGACACCAAAGAAAUCGUUGACACCAACGGCGCAGGCGAUGCAUUCGCAGGCGGCUUCUUGGGCUACCUUGCUCAGGGCAAAUCGCUCGAUGAAUGUAUUGACGCCGGUCACUGGCUUGCUCGCCAGACCAUCAAGCUGGAUGGGCCCAAUUACCCCUUCCCCAAGCAGACAUACAGCGCUUGAGCGCUU